AUGGGGCAUGAAAAGGAUGUUGAUGCAAAUUAUGUCUUUCCCCUUAUGAAACCAUGUUAUUCUGUGGAGGGGUCAACUAGAAAGGACGUUGAGGAGUCUGUGAUGGACGGCUUUCAAGACAUUUCGAUAUCUUUGGAAGAUGAGCAGAACAUCAGUGGAUAUACUGAAGCUCUAACUUGGAAUUAUGAUGACGGUGAAGACAGGAGAAGUGAAAGGCAGCAAAGUGACAAACAGCCGGCGGAAGAAUUUCAAACAGCAGAUGUUUAUGUGCCCGGUGUCUUAGGUUGGCUUACUGGUCAAAGACACCGACCCACUGAUGGGGAUCCCCUCACAAUUAUUGUUAACUUUGACCACGAUUGUUUAGAUCGUAACCCAAAGCACACUAUCCUGUUUUCCACGUGUUGCAGGGGAGUUAACUCUUCCAGUGUGUAA